AUGAUUGAUGUUAAUAGAAGGGAUGGGAAGAGUAAGGCUCCGCAAGUGAAGGUAAUUACACCGCAGACUAAUGUGUAUUCUCAAUGGACGUAUCUUGUUGAAUCAUCUAGUGGUGAUUUACUUCUUGUACAAAGGUUUUUACAAGUUGGAGACGAUUUACAGCAUGCAACUUCAAGGUUUAAGGUUUUUAAGUUGCUCUUAGAGCAACUUGAGCAGGGUUGGCCUAUGCUGGUUGAAGUGAAGAACUUGGGUGGAGACACCCUGUUUUUGGGAGAUAACCAAUCCAUUUGUGUUUCAGCUUCCAAAUGGCCCAGAUGCCAGCCAGAUUCCAUCUACUACACAGAUGAUUAUAUUGAGAUUCUACAUCAUCUUCCAUAUGGGCGCCGCGACAUUGGUAUCUUCAACAUAGAAAGUGGAAGAUUUGGGACGCAUUACAUCCUUGAUCCUUCACAUAAGGAUAUGCCACCCUCAAUUUGGAUUGUGCCAACUGUGUUAGGUAAUUGA